GUUUUCUCCAGCGGAGGGCACUCAGUGUAUCACAAACUCAAGCAUUAGCACCAACAAGCUCUGAGCAUCAUCAGUCUCUGGAAAGCCUUCUGAAUUAGACAAGGGCUGCCUCUCAGCACAGCUACAAAACACUUUAAACCUGACCAGCUAAAUGGAUAAACCUAGCCUGCAUAGCUUUUAAACUGGGGUCUCAUACAGCACAGGAGGCCUACUUGCUUCAAGAACUGAAAAUCCAGAGGAUGAAUUGCUUUAUCUGGGAAUGGCAAAAGCCAGCACAAUAAGGAAUGCCAGUUUGUAUGGGGCUACUAGCUCACAUGCGGGAUCAGAAUGGUGUGAAUGACAGCCGCACUGUGUCAUGAAGGUGGUGGUGGUUUCCGCACAAGAGACCAAAUAAGAAGAAAGCUGAGAGAGGGGGGAAACGUUUUUGGAUGACAAAGGAUGGGUUUCCAUUUAAUUACGCAGCUGAAAGGCAUGAGUGUGGUGCUGGUGCUACUUCCUACACUGCUGCUUGUUAUGCUCACGGGGGCUCAGAGAGCUUGCCCAAAGAACUGCAGAUGUGAUGGCAAAAUUGUGUACUGUGAGUCUCAUGCUUUCGCAGAUAUCCCUGAGAACAUUUCUGGAGGGUCACAAGGCUUAUCAUUAAGGUUCAACAGCAUUCAGAAGCUCAAAUCCAAUCAGUUUGCCGGCCUUAACCAGCUUAUAUGGCUUUAUCUUGACCAUAAUUACAUUAGCUCAGUGGAUGAAGAUGCAUUUCAAGGGAUCCGUAGACUGAAAGAAUUAAUUCUAAGCUCCAACAAAAUUACUUAUCUGCACAAUAAAACAUUUCACCCAGUUCCCAAUCUCCGCAAUCUGGACCUCUCCUACAAUAAGCUUCAGACAUUGCAAUCUGAACAAUUUAAAGGCCUUCGGAAACUCAUCAUUUUGCACUUGAGAUCUAACUCACUAAAGACUGUACCCAUAAGAGUUUUUCAAGACUGUCGGAAUCUUGAUUUUUUGGAUUUGGGUUACAAUCGUCUUCGCAGCUUGUCCCGAAAUGCAUUUGCUGGCCUCUUGAAGUUAAAGGAGCUCCACUUGGAGCACAACCAGUUUUCCAAGAUCAACUUUGCUCAUUUUCCACGUCUCUUCAACCUCCGCUCAAUUUACUUACAAUGGAACAGGAUUCGCUCCAUUAGCCAAGGUUUGACAUGGACUUGGAGUUCCUUACACAACUUGGAUUUAUCAGGGAAUGACAUCCAAGGAAUUGAGCCGGGCACAUUUAAAUGCCUCCCCAAUUUACAAAAAUUGAAUUUGGAUUCCAACAAGCUCACCAACAUCUCACAGGAAACUGUCAAUGCGUGGAUAUCAUUAAUAUCCAUCACCUUGUCUGGAAAUAUGUGGGAAUGCAGUCGGAGCAUUUGUCCUUUAUUUUAUUGGCUUAAGAAUUUCAAAGGAAAUAAGGAAAGCACCAUGAUAUGUGCAGGACCUAAGCACAUCCAGGGUGAAAAGGUUAGUGAUGCAGUGGAAACAUAUAAUAUCUGUUCUGAAGUCCAGGUGGUCAACACAGAAAGAUCACACCUGGUGCCCCAAACUCCCCAGAAACCUCUGAUUAUCCCUAAACCUACCAUCUUCAAACCUGACGUCACCCAAUCCACCUUUGAAACACCAAGCCCUUCCCCAGGGUUUCAGAUUCCUGGCGCAGAGCAAGAGUAUGAGCAUGUUUCAUUUCACAAAAUUAUUGCAGGGAGUGUGGCUCUCUUUCUGUCAGUGGCCAUGAUCCUCUUGGUGAUCUAUGUGUCUUGGAAACGCUACCCAGCCAGCAUGAAACAACUCCAGCAACACUCUCUUAUGAAGAGGCGGCGGAAAAAGGCCAGAGAGUCUGAAAGACAAAUGAAUUCCCCUUUACAGGAGUAUUAUGUGGACUACAAGCCUACAAACUCUGAGACCAUGGAUAUAUCGGUUAAUGGAUCUGGGCCCUGCACAUAUACCAUCUCUGGCUCCAGGGAAUGUGAGAAGCCGGAGCCAAGGGCAGUUGAUGGAAAGUGCAAAUGGAUUUCAUUAUUCCCCCAGAUUUAUACCAAACACUGGAGUCAAUUCCAUGGGACAACCUGCCACAGUGCUGCUUCCCAGGUUACAUUGGCAAGUAUGGCUUUUUAAAUAAAACAAGGCAGUGCUACAACUGGCUCCAAAUGAAGAGAGUGGUGCCAGCUCUAAAGAGUGCCACUGACCCAGCUAAUGCCUGCUGCUCUGAGAAAUACAAAAAGAAACGACUUGGCAGAAAGGUGAAACGCUAUGUCUCUGCUCUUUCUGGCUAUAGCUCCCUUGUUACUCCAUGCUGGCAAGUGAAACUAGAGGAACUCUAAAACUUGUUAUUUAUUCUUUUGUCUGAUCCUGAAAUAUUUGAACAGAGAUUAACAUCUAAUCUGAUAGAUCCCACCUCAAAUCCCAAACCUGAAAAAUAAUUAUUGACUGUCUGUACUCCGAGGGAUAAAAAAAUAUUGGACAUAUGCAAGAACUAGGUUUUUGAAAAAGGAAGAGUCAAUCUACGGAUUGAAACCAGUGCUUCCUGUGAGCGAUUUGGCAGUACCCUCACCUGGAUAAUUUUAACUGCCAUCCAAUUUGGGCUCCCUGCCUCUAGCCUGACUUCCUUUCUCUAAAUCCAUUGUCUGCGCUGAAGCCAGAGUGAACUCUCUAAAAUGAAACUGUGGCAGCAGGGCAGGGUGAUCCAGGAAGGCAUCUCUUACCAAGUGACCUUUGAGCUGAGGCAUGAUGAUGAGAAGGUGCCAGGUGAUGAUAUUUGGAAGGCUGUUCUAAAGAAAGGAACCAAAAAGGUCAAGGCAUUAAUUUAGGAGUAAGGUAGGCAUGAUGGAGGGACAGAACCAAAUUGUAUAGUUUCAGUGCAGAGGCAAGACAGAAGAGGAGAAAGGUAUAAGAGGACAUCAGAGAUUUAUAAAGUGAACAAUAGGAAGAUUACAUUAUGUUUUAUAGUACCAGAUACAGCAUUACAUUUUCUUUUUUGUAAAUGGCAGUGGAAAACUAUUGGAAUGUUUUCAAGUAGGAUAGAUAUAUGAUGUAAUUUGUCUAUGAAAAUAUUAUUCUGACUGUUGCAUGGAAAAUAAAUGAAGGCAGGAAUGUUGAUGUGAAAGUUCUCUUGUAGCCCAGCUAAGAAGUGAAGGCAAUGGGGUUAGAGUUGUAGAUAGAGAAUUAAAUUAUGUACAGAUAUAUACGAGGUCUUGAGGAGUAUUUAGAUACACCUGUUUGGAGAUGGAGGCAAUGAGGGAAAGAAAGCAAUCAAGAAUGACUUUAAGCCUAUCCAACUGUCAUUUACUGAGAGAUAAAAAUCUGAGAUAAAAACAGAUUUUGUGGUGACAGGGGGAAAUAAAGUGUACUGACAUGGCUUUGUUAAGUUAAAGAUGCCAUUAUAACUCUGGGGAAUGAUUAGGAUUGGGGACAUGAUUUUAAAAUUAAUGAGCCUAUAAAUAGUAUUUUUAAAAAUCACUGAGAAAAAAUCACCAAGAGAAGAGAAGCAAAGGCUUGUCAAAGAAUUCCACCUUGUGAUAUAGCUAUAUAUCUAUAGAUAUACAACUAUAUCUAUAGAUAAAACUAUAUAUCACAGUUCCAGGUGAAAUAUAUAUAUAUAUAUAUAUAUA